GAAAGCUGCACAGCACUUUCGCAGAGCAUCAAAGCAUGCAAAACAAGCAGCAGAGUCACGACGACGUCGACUGGACGCCGCCGGCGCUAUGCACGAGCCAACGCAGUGCAAGUUUGCCACCGCCAGCCGCACUGGGCAGUAUCGUUGAAUCUACCACACAAGGCCCGCAGUUCAAGUACGUCGUGAAAGAUGGUGAUACAAUUGCAGGAAUUGCACUGCGGUAAGUCGUCCUGGACCGUCGUCAAGAAAAAUCCAUGCGUUCCUCGUCAUGUUGGCGUAUGGGUCAAUAGACAUGGUAUCCGUGAGUAUGACCUGCGCCAGUUGAACCAUUUGUUCGGCUGCAACAUCUACAAAGGGCAAGAACUCGUGGUUCGAGUCAAAAGCCGAAGUAACAGCGUACCCACACCAGCCGUGGUGGACGGUACAGGGACGAAUUCCUCGGUAAAUCGACGUUAUAGCCUCAGCCAAGCUCGAAGCGGUGGUAGCUUUGGUGAAAACCCAGCAUCGCCCGUCCCUUUUUCGUUGUCGUGCCAACCUUCAAGUAACCAGCAAGACGAUCUGUCCACUGCGCCUGCUGUCGUCCCCAGUGACAACUCGAAGUCCAACAGCAACCAACAGUUGAAUGUGGCAAUAAAGUCCGUCUCGUCCUCUGCCACGACGCCAGAAACCGACGUCGAAGCAACGAACGCGCUUGCCGACGUUGCGUCGAUCCCGAUUCUGCUCAACGCGACCUCGAUGGACAUCCUUCCGGACCCAUCGGUCGGCAAAUUCCUCGUCCCAAAGCUUGAAGCAUGCUUGCCGCCGCAAUACCGCGGCUAUGACUGGUCCCUAGCGUACAGGUGUGCCUGCAUUUGUACCCAUCAAUUACCUUGCAUGUAUAGUCUGGCGCAACAUGGCGCGAGUUUGGACACGCUCUAUCGCAAACUGUACCAUCGACGGGCAACGCUGCUCGUAGUAGAAACCGGGGACGGCGAUAUCUUUGGCGCAUUUGCGUCGUCGCCGUGGGCGGUGUCUACGUCGUUCUACGGGACGGGCGAGUGCUUUGUGUUCACGUGCUACCCCAAGUUUGAGCAGUUCGGGUGGACAGGCAAGAACAAUAUGAACAUGUGCAGCAACGAGACCAUGCUGGCCAUGGGGGGCGGCGGCGGGUUUACCUUUGGGCUGAACGCCGACUUGUCUCGCGGCACGAGCGCCCCAAGCUUAACCUUCGGGAACAGGUGCCUCACCAAGCGCAGCGAAUUUGACGUCGUCAACUGCGAAGUGUGGGAAUUCGUGCCCAAAGUCUAAUAUGUUGUGUCGGACGCAACCUCGCAAACAAUACAUAUUUAUUUGAUUUCGUUAAAGCUCGUCGCGUGGCGUCGCCAACUGCAGCGCGCGCAACAGCAAUGACAACUUGCGCAUGCUCUCUGCCUUGAAGUCGUUGUCCAGGACCGGGUCGUACACCGAGGCGCAGUCGGGCAGUUGGAGUGCAAUUAAGUCGAUAGCGUCGACUUGCUGGCGAACGUUCAGCUUCUACAACAUUCCCAUGUUAGUCUAGAACGUUCACAAGAAGGCAAGCUCGUUUACUCGAGUUUGCAAAAACGACUUGGUGGCGUCGCAAAAGGUGCUUGAAC